UACUGGUCUUUCGGCGCCAGAACAGCUUUUCAAGAUGGGUGUGCACCUUGGAAACUUAGUACGAAUGCGGCAUAUGAUCACCUACAAAUUGUCUCCGUUUGAACAAAGACUUUUUCCUAAAAAUAUGUCCAAAGAAGUUGUCAACCUUUGGAGGCGAAUUAAUUCAUAUAUCUUCCGUGUGGCACCUCCACUUGCUAGUGGCUAUCUCAUUUAUUCCUGGGGAACCCAAGAAUUUGAACGGUUGAAAAGGAAGAACCCAGCCGACUAUGAAAAUGAUGAGUAAUCUGACUGAAAGAAAACAUUUCCCAGCGUUCUUGUUCUGAGCUUAUUAACAUGCCUAUAAGUAUUUAGAAAUGACUUGCUCAAUAAACCUUUCUUGGUUCUA